AUGAAUAGCGUAGGGGAGGCCUGCACCGACAUGAAGCGUGAGUACAACCAGUGCUUCAAUUCCUGGUUUGCGGAGAAGUUCCUUAAGGGGGACGGCUCCAGAGAUCCGUGCACCGACCUCUUCAAGCACUCUCAGCAGUGUGUUCAGAAAGCAAUAAAGGAGAAGGAGAUUCCCAUUGAAGGACUGGAACUCAUGGGCCAUGGCAAAGAAAAGCCUGAAAGCUCUUCUUGAACUUGACAGUCACCUUGAAAAUUGACUCCUCCAAUCAGGAAAUUGAGGACACUGGAUUUCAUCAAUUAAGGCUGUGAAAAUAGCCAUUGAAUUGAUGAGGAGUUCAGAAGGGAGUUUUCUUUUCUCCUUGAUUUCCUCUCACUUGUAAAAGAUGAUGAACCAUCACUCUUUGCUUUGAGAUGAUUUCUCACUUGUGCUGUGGCAUCUUGCUGGAACUUCACCUGCUAAAACUGAAUGAUUUCUUGGGAUUAUGGUUGCAAUACUUGGUCUAGGAUCAGCUUUAAAUAUCCUUUGUGUGUAAAUACUGAUUAAACUUGUCAGGAUGAUCAGGGUUGCCUGACCUCUUGAGUUUGCUUCAAAGGACAUUAGGUAGAUUGUAUCAGGGUUAUUAUUAUUAUUAUGGAAGCAACUGGUUAGGAUCUGUCUUUUCUCUCAGGGAGCUAAGGCUCUGAAAAGGGAUCCCAGCACAAUGGUUCUAAUCAAUGCUUGGGACAUGGUUUUAUUUUUAUAUAACAACUUUUAAGAUUGCUGGUGGACUGGGUUAGCCAAGAGGAAGACAGCCUUAAGAGUUCCUUACCUUAAGAAAAGGUGUCAGAUUUCUGAUUAAGGUGUGAAAGCUUGAAGAAUGUCGCA